CUAUUAUCCUUCAUUAACAAAGGCGCCAAUAGUUAAGAGAUAUUUUAUUGAAUUUUAUCGUUCAAUUACAGUUUUACUUCAAAAAUAUAGAAAAUUGUAACAGUAUGGAAAAGGAUAAAGUUAACCAAGAAUCGAUCGAAGCUGCUGAGAAUAUACUUGUUAAAGUUCUAAAGUACUCGUUAACUAUUCUUGGAUUGCCCGUAUUUUCGUUUUUUGCUUUACAAUUUAUAUUUGAAAGUUUAUGCAAAUUUAGUCAAUCCGAUAGCUACUUCUACUCAGCAAUCGUUGCCGUUGUUAUCAUUCACAUUAUCCUCAUAAUGCUCAUUUUUGAAGCAGCAAAGGUCGAAAAGAAACCACAGAAGUCUGAUUAAUAAAACAUAUCUAUAUGUAUUACAGUGUGAUAAAAUUGAUAUGUAAAAUUUGCUCUUUAGUGGUUAUUUCUUAUCAUAAUUAUCAGUUGAGUUCUUAUCUACUCUAAAAAAAAUUUUUUAUGAAAUAUAUACCAUCCUCUACACAGAGAUCGUGAAGCGCAAAGCUUAAACACUUGAAAUUUAUUGCGAUGAAGUGUUCUGUGUGUAACGGAACAUGUAAAAAUCCCUUCGAAUUCAGCUGCUUACAUAGAAUUUGCAGAGAUUGUUUGAAACCUGAUUAUAAAUUUGAAAAGAAGCAAAAAUGUUAUAUUUGCUUACGGAAAUCAACGCGUAAUUUUUACGUAGAUAUUCCAGAGCGGAAAUGUUCUACUGAUAAUCACAUAGAAGAAGUUAUUCUACAAUGCGAGACUUGCAACAAUACAACAGUUUGUCCAAAAUGCUUAAUGGACCAUAGCAAGGGUCAUAAAUUAGUUGUAAAGCCUCAAAUUAUACCAAGGAAUAAUAUUAAAUAUACUGAAAGAGAUGAAAAGAAACGCCUGUUAGAUAGGCUCAAUGAUUUAACAGAAGCAAUAAAAAGAAGUAGGGAUUAUACAAAGACUACAAUCGAUAAUAGAUGUAAAGAAGCUUUUUCUGAGAUAGAAGAAAGACAACGAGAAAUGCAUGAACAUAAUGAAGACAAACAUAAACAACUACUUUCAAAAAUUUGUGAGUACAUUGGCGAAAUUCCGCUACUUCACUCUGGUGAUGACGCUUUAAGCGAAAGGGAAAAUGAAGUUAAGGAUAUAGAAUAUGGAUUUAGGAAAGCAGACUCUGAAAGCUUAUUUUACUUCUUAAAAAGUUCUGCUAUCCCGAACGUGAAUGAUUUGGCUUUAAAUGAACAUUUUAAAUGUUUCUUCGAAGAUGAAUAUAUAACAGUAAAUGAAGUCGCCGCGGAAGAGACACAGCAAAGAGCAUAUGAAUGCCCCGAGUUACCUCCAAAAACGAAGAAAAAACCAGAAAAGUGGAGUUUUUCUAAAUUACUAACAAGAAAGAGUUCUGAUAAACAAAAUACCUUAAUUGAAAAGAGUCAAUUAAAUGAUAGUCCUAGCGUGCAUCAAAAUAUUGUACACGAAUUACAACAAAAACAUUCGCAGAAUGAAGCAUGUGAUAUCCCAAUUUUGCCUCCGAGAAAAUCCUAAAAGAGAAAAAAAGUAGAAAAUUCCGACAUUUUAUCUUUGUAAAGUAAUAAUAUUUGAAGAUAACGUCAUAAACUUUU